AGAAAAAAGACUACAAACACAACAGAACACAACUCUGUUCAUGACUCAUGGCCUGAAAACUGAGCCUGUCUGGUUCUGAUUUCCUCACUGUGGUAAUCCCUGAACACUGUUGAGAAAUCCCCACCACGCCCCCCCACCCCGCCAGGGUUUAUUAUCCGACCCUGUGGGUUAGGGUUCUGAGCCAGAGGAGAAAACCRAGCUCAAAACAUCACAUCAUGAAGCUGAACUCGGCAACUGCUUUUUGGUUCUCGGUUGCCUUUUUAGCACCGGUUCACUGUCAGCAGCCUGUGAACUGUAGAUGGGGGUCGUUUGGAGACUGGUCCGAGUGUGACGGCUGCUCCCGUACCAAGGUGCGAACUCGACAGGUGGAGSUGUUUGCUCAGUUUGGGGGGACGCCAUGUUCAGGAGACGCCACCCAAACACAACCCUGUGUCCCACAGAAGACAUGUCCCAUCGAGACCGGCUGUGGAGGCAGGUUCCGCUGCACCUCAGGUCGGUGUAUCAGCCAGUCUCUGGUGUGCAACGGAGACCAAGAUUGUGAGGAUGGUAUGGAUGAGCGAAACUGUCACCUCGACAGCAGCCAGUAUUCAUGYGACAGUGACAAAACACCUCCUAACUCUGACUUAACAGGAAAAGGGUAUGAUGUGCUAACUGGAAAGCUUAAAGCAGGUGUGAUCAACACUGUGAACUUUGGAGGACAGUGCAGGAAGAUCUUCAGCGGAGACCAUAAAGUGAUGUUCAGACUGCCACGGAACGUCCUCAGGUACAGUUUUGAGGUCCACGUAGAUAACGAGGAAAGUGACGAGUCCUAUGAGAGCGCUUGGUCCUACGUUCAGCACAUCCAGUCCAAUGCUUUGGUGGGACAUGACCGUCGUUCCUUCCAUAAAGAAGUCUCCGACAACAAGGCCUACAGACUCAUAAUCCUGAAGAACAAAGUGGAGCUGGCCCAGUUUCAGAACUCUGCCCCAGAGUAUCUGACCCUGUCUGACAGUUUCUGGAAGGACUUGUCCUCGCUGCCCCUCACAUACGACUACUCGGCCUACCGUCGGGUGCUGCAGACGUACGGCACACACUACCUCUCGGAGGGUUCACUCGGAGGUGAAUACCAGGGCUUGUUGGAGCUGGACCAUCUGGCACAGUCAUCUAGCAGUGUAACAGAUAUUGAGUACCAGAGGUGCUGGAAAAAGGUGAAGCGCUUCCUCUUCGUUAAGAAAACCAAAAUCACCUGUGAAAGACUGAAGAACCAUUUGGAAUCAAGCUCUCGAACCAAUGCAGACAAACUGUCCAUCAAGGUCAAUGUGUUCGGAGGAGAUCCCAGCUUCAUCGGAGCUCUGUCUGUUCUGGAUCUAAAGAACCCAGAAGCUAACGGAGAAAUCUACAAUAACUGGGCUUCGUCUGUUAAAGACUUUCCUGAUGUCAUAAAUCAAAAGCUGCGCCCUCUGCACGAGCUGGUGAAGGAGGUGCAGUGUGCAGGUUUGAAGAAGCUGCAUCUGAAACAAGCCACGGAGGAGUACCUGGCGGAGCAGCACCCAUGCCACUGCCAGCCCUGCCAGAACAACGGUGAGCCUCUGCUGACCGGCACCAGCUGUCGCUGCAUCUGCCGGCCUGGAACCUCGGGACCGGCCUGCGGAACGGGCGCCRUGACCGGAGAACAACCAGGGAUGAUCCACGGUAGCUGGAGCUGCUGGUCCUCCUGGAGACCCUGUUCGGGAGGUCAAAGGUCCAGGACCCGAACAUGCAACAACCCCGCCCCCAGAGGAGGUGGUCGCCACUGCGUUGGACCUCAAACAGAGCAGAAGUCCUGUGAAGAUCCUGACAUGCAACACUUACAGAUGAUGGAGCCUCAAUGCUUCAGUAUUUCUGUGACUCCACCAAAAGUUUGUGGACUUCCUCCAAACCUGAGGAACGGAUUCAUCGAGAAUCCUAAAGAAUUUUACUUUGUUGGAAGCACGGUGCAGUACUCCUGCAUCGAGGACUUCUACCUGGUUGGAAACGCUGUGGCCACGUGUGCCGAGAACCAGAAAUGGAGCAGAGAACAGAUGUUCUGUAGAAGUUCCACGUGUAGACGUCCUCCAGUCAACCCCUCAGUCRUAGCCACACCCACCAGGGAGACCUAUCAGAUUGGAGACAGAGUGUCCCUGUCCUGUCCCGCCGGGUUGGUGCUGAACGAGCACAUGUCAGAGAUUCUGUGCAGUCCGAGUCUGCAGUGGUCUCCUUCUCCCGAGGACAUUCACUGUAGACCAGUGCURAUAGCCGCAGCUCCUCCUCCUCCUGCUCUGAAGUGUGGUCAGUGGGAAACUCCAGGGAAAAAGGGCUGUGUGUGUAAAAGGCCGAAUCAGUGUCAGCCUUCCCUGCAGCUGUGCUCCAGGAUCGGCUCAAACCACCGUUUGCUGGAGGUCUGUCGGCUCGGACUGUUGCGCUGUUUAGGCGGGACGUUCACGCUGGCCAACGACACGGACUGUGAUUGGCCGGAGGAGAGGCCGUUCAGAUCCUGCGAGGACUGCAGACCAGGAACCGUCUGUCAGGAAUCUGCGAGAAAAUGCAUCUGCCAGAGUCCAUCGGCGUGCCCGGGAGACUCCGCCCCCCUGUGCGUCAGCUCCAGCGGCGAUGGCGCGGCAGUGACCAUGACGGAGUGCGAGGUGGGUGCCCGCCGGUGUGCUGGUGAGAGCGUCCACGUCAUCAGAAUAGAAGCUUGUCCAGAGUAAAAACUAAUUAUUUCAUUUUAUUGUAAAUAAGCUCAGAUUUGAUCAGUUUUUUUCCUCCUCGUGUUCUGAUUCAACGUCUCAGAUAAAUGAUUUUAUUACAGAAAAUAAAGACAAAACUGUCAAAAAUACGUUUAAAGUUUUUAUUUGAUUUUAUGAAGCGAUUAGUACAAAAACUUCUAAGGUUUUUUUAUUAUUUGACAAAAACUGACAGAUUUUUUCUUCUUUUUUUAAUCUGAUUUGUGUUUUCAUAUAAAAUAUCUUGUUGGUGUUUUCACUGCACUGUAGAUGAAUAAAAAUAAACAUUUUUAACAUUU